UCCAUCCAUCAAGCUUAAUCAUCAAUCAAACCCAUCCGUCUAAAAUCCCUUAGUAACCCUUAGUAGCCGCCAUUUAUUCCACCAUCUACCGGCCAAGGCCAAGCCUGGAUAAAUUUGCCCAUAGCUCCAUCCUCUACUACUACACCACCAACUCCGCCCGGGCCGGAAAAACCGCCAGGAGCUCCAACCUCCAACCUCCAAGACUCUAAGCCCCACUGCACACGACUACACCACCACAACACCUCCAUUGCAUUGCGAUUGCUCCCAUCACCACUUAACAAACACGCAAAUACACCGCGUAAAGAGUCAUUCAAUUGCCUUCAUCAUCCCCUCCAUUCCCAUAUUAAACCCAUAACCGAAGGAAACCAAACCACCCGCCCCCAGUUUCCCCGCCCUCACCACGCCACCCCCCUCAUCCUCAUCCAUCCACCCUACCUCAACCACCUCCCUUCCUCUUCAUCUCUCACAACAACAACAUCAAAAAUGGGCAACCUCUGCGGAUCCGAAUCCAAAUCCCCCGACCCCUUCUCCACCCCCGGCCGCACCCUCUCCUCCGCCCCUCCACAGAACGCGACUUCCAGACCUCCUGCUAAGACCGCUGCUGGGCCGCCGCGACGACUUGGUGGGGGCGCGGCGGGGGGAGGGGGCCCGGGGGGGGAUCCGAGGAGGGAUGCUGCUGAUGCUGCUGAGGCCCGCGCAAAAGCAGCAGCGAAACCGACGGGGAAAUUAGGACAGCAGCUAAACGCGCAGAAGAUGCAGAGGAGGACGGAUACGUUGCAGGAGGUUAGUAGGGAGGAGGUUGCGCGGAGGGAUGCUGAUGCUGCGGCGGCGGUGAGGAGUUAUAAUUGAGCUUGGGGUAUGGGAGGAGAGAGGGGUGGGGAAGAGGUGAUGGUGAUAUGCGGGGGAGUUGGAUGCGAUGACGAUGGUGAUGAUUUGAUGAUUUGAUGAUGAGGGGAGUAUGGGGUUUUGCAUUUAUCACUUCUAGCGUUGAUUUUGCUUGAAUAUGAGGUGGCUUGGAGGUUAUCUUGAAGACAUAGCAGAUACUGAGAGAAUACAUGCUUUUAUUCUUUCUUUGGUUCACGUUAGAUUACAUAGAGACGGUGAAGUCGACAUAAUGAAAAUUAAUUCGACGGCUGUGGUCCUGCC